UACUUCCAGCCUCCGGUGGUGGAGUAGGCCUGGAGCGAAUCGUGCGUGCUCGUGCUCGCACCAGCACCCCCGCCUCCUCUCCGAAGACCCGAAGGGUCAUGGCCGAGGGCCUGGAGAUGGGCAAGGACCCCAACGACCCGACCCACUCGCGGACGCUGUUCAUUCGUGAGGACGGCAGCUCGAUCUCGUUCUAUGUGCGGCCGGGCCCCGCGAAGCGGCGGCUGUCCACGCUGAUCCUGCACGGUGGAGGCACCCUGUGCCGGGUGCAGGAGCCCGAGGCCGUGCUGCUGGCCCAGCCCGGGGAGGCGCAGGCCGAAGCCUCGGGGGACUUCAUCUCCACGCAGUACAUCACGGACUGCGUGGAGCGCAACGAGAGGCUGGACCUGGAGGACUACCGCCUGGGCCGCAGGGAGCCCGAGAGCCCCCAGGCGGCCUCCAGGGAGGCCGAGGGGGCCUACACAGAGGCCGAGGACCUGGCCAUCGUCCGCUACGUGAAGGACAGUGCCCGCUCCCCGAGCGCCCUGGCGGGCACCGCCCUGUGGAAGGCCAUGGAGAAAGCCGCCCUCACCCCGCAUCCCUGGCAGUCCAUGAAGGACCGGUACCAGAAGCACCUGAAGGGUCUGGAGCAGAAGUAUCUAGAGAGGGCCGAACCGGUCAGCCCAUCUCAGAAGCCCAAGAGAAAAGCAGAAGCAGAACCUGCAGACGGUGAACCCCAGAAGAAAAAAGCCCCUGAUCUGCCUGAGGAAGAUAGUGCAAAGGAGAAAGUGCAGGAGAAUGAAACAACAGAGGGAGACGUUUUGUGCCUUGAAAACCAGGAGGCUGAGAAUAGUGAGGUUCAUGAUCAGACCCCUGAUCUUGAAUUAACUGUGGUUAAAAAUGGAGAGCUGACCAGUCCUGGAAAAAAUGACGCCAAUUUGAAAGAGGCUCCAAAGGACAGCGAGAUCGUUGAAGACUCCGCUGUAUUAGAAACACAGCCUGAAGCAGAGGAAAGCGGUUCUAACUCUUCUCUUUCACCCGAGGUGGGAGCUGCCAUCAGAGUCAUCAGACAUGUAAUGGAGGAGUUUAGUGUGGAUCUAGCAACAGUCACACAAGCUUUCUUGAAAAACAGUGGGGAGCUGGAAGCCACUUGCUCCUUCUUGCAGACGGGCCAGCGACCCGAUGGAUAUCCAAUCUGGACCCGACAGGAUGAUGUCGAUUUGCAGAAGGAUGAUGAGAAUACCAGAAGUAAAUUGAUAAAAAAAUUUGGUGCUGAGAAUGUGGCAAGGAGGAUUGAAUUCCGAAGGAAUUAGGGCAGGACGUCAGGGGCAGAGGCCAGACUCUAGGGUUCAUAGAAUGAGCAGUUGUCAAAGAUGGGGGAGUGAAAAAGACUGACACUUGAUUACUAACCAGUACCGUUACAGUGCUGUUGUUAACAAAUGUGACCGUGUAAGAAAAUUUAAAAGCAAACAAAUAUGGAAAAUGUGAAAAUAGCUGAUAAUCACGUAGUGCUUCAAAGUCCAAAAAGGGCUUUUCAUCCAUUCCCUCUGACAUCUGAUCCCCACGUUAGUCAUGUGAGGUGGGGACUCUUAAGUGUUGUUAUCAUUAAAGAGGAAACUGAAGAUCAAAUCAAAUGUCUUACGCCCCCAUUCACUGAUACUCACAGUUAGAUAUUGGAGGUGGGAUUUCAGCCGCUUGGCUCUCAUGUCCAACUCCCUUCCUGCUGUAUCGUUCUGUCUUCCAGGAAUUGUUUGAAAUAUUUAUUAGUGUAAAGUCCUAAGUCAGAGAAUUCCAGUUCAUUUUAACUUCUAGUCUCUGUUCCUCUGGCAGAAAGCUGGUUCUGUUUCAGUGGUGAGGUAAAAUAUAAGUUUGUGCUUUGCAUAAAAAGAUAAAGAGUAGAGAGCCUCUAAACUCUUAGAAUGUGUUGUGCUUAGUCGUAGACUCAUAGAAUCAUAGACUUGGAGCUGGAUGAGACCUUGGAGUCCAUCGAUUCCAGCCCCUUCAUUUUAUAAGAGAGGAAAUGAGACCUAGAGGCUGGGUGAUUUACCUCAACUCCCACAGCUAUUCAGUGUCUGAGAAAAGAUUUGAAUCCAGGUCUCCUAACUCUCAUGUCUGGUGCAUCAUCCAUGACGUGGUGAUACUCCCAGUCAAAGAAGUAAUAGGCUACAAGGGGAGGAAAAAGCCAACUCCACCAUGUGAUUCCUGCUGCCCUUGUGAGAUGUAGAACUUGAGAAACCCAAGGGGAUUUGGGAUCUCCGAGGCCAUCUGUUUCAAUGCUCUCAUUCUGCAGGGGAGGAAACUGAGGCCUAGGGAGAAUAAGAAGUAGGGCCAUACUGGUUUAAUAAAUGUCAGGUGAGAUUUGAACUCAGGGUCUUUGACACCAGAGGCAGUGUACCUUUCACCAUACUGCGCUGUCUUUUGGCAAAAAGCAAUGUAAAUUGGUUGAGCCUGUGAAAAUCUGAUACUAUUAAAAGCCAGUUAUAGGCCCUUUUAAAACUGCUUGGUUUUUACAGGGUUCAACAAAGUGAUAGAGACCAGGGGUUUUCCUCUUUUUCUGUGGCGUGAACCCUUUUGGAAGCCUGGUGAAACCUUUGAACCAUUUCUCAGAACAGUGUUUUUAAAUAAUUGACAGAAAUGCUAAAAUUCAUUUAGAGCUUAGGGAAAAUAAGGAUGUAAUUUUUUUCCCAUUCAAGUUCACAGAUCCCUGAAAUCAGUCCAUGGACCCCACCUUAAAAACCUUUGAAAAGACUUAAUUAAACUCAUCCGUCUUGCUAAGCACCAAAGAAAACAGCAAUUAAGUUUGAUUCCCUGACUUCUUUGAAAAUCACCCACUGAGCUGUGACUUGAUCCAACCAUUUUUAAAAGCAUUUGUAGAGUAAUAGGAAAAAAAUAGCCAAAACAUCCAUACUUAUACCCGUAGAUUACAUUGCCAGGAAUAUGCUGCAAAUCCAGUCAAGUAGCAUUUAUUAGGUGCCUACUGUGUGCCAGGCCUUGUGUUCAGCUUUGGAGAGGCAAAGAAUAGCAAAGAAGAGCCCUUACUCUUGUCACUUAGAGUGAAAAAGAGAAAGAUGGUAUACACCCAAAUGUAUAGCAGCAGUUUUUGUAGUAGCAAGGAGCAAGAAACUGAGAUGCCCAUCACUGGGGGCCCGGUGGAGUAAGUCGUGGUUCAUCAACGUAAUGGAAUAUUACUGUGUUGUAAGAAAUGAAUACAGAGAAAUGUGCUAAGACUAAUAACCAAGAGGAGAAAGCAGAAGUAGGAAAUUAGCAUACACAAUGACCACAAUCAUGUAAACUGAAAGAUCGACAACAACAGAACCAUUGAAACUGAACUCAUUUCAAAAUUGUAAUAAUAUAUAAUUAUAUAUAAUAUAAUAAUAAGCUUGGCCCAAAGGAAAAAAAAAGAUAAAAGAAGUCUCCAACCCUGGGACUGUGGAUGUGGAACACUGUGCAUAAUGUUGGACUUGUUUGUUAUGUUGAUUAGUUUGCUAUUCUGUUUUUCCUCCUCUUAUUCUGUUAUAAGCAAUACCUGUGUACGUUGAGAAAUGUAAGUGAUAUAAGAACAAAAGAGAAAUAAAAAUUUAUUUAAAAAAAUUUCUCAUCCAUUUUGCUUUUUUACUGUAGGGACCAUGUUUCUUGUUUAUAUCUUGUUCUGACAACAUGUUUAUGACACUUGAUUGUCUUUCCGCCCUGCUCAAUCAUCCUUCCCAUCUAUAUACCUAAUCAGAAGACGUAGUCUUACUAAAAAAGAAAACUCAAGACCUUAAUUUAAUUUCCCUUGUUAUUGAUUACUAAUAGAUUUGUACUGAAGACCACUUGAGACUUAAAAAUCG